AUGUUGGGCAGCGACCACCGACAAACAAUCGCGGCGGUAUCGCAGCUUGCUGCGUACAUGAGCCGUACGGGCAAGGGCAUCAACCACAUCUUCAAAGAUCUUGACUCUAGUGGUGAUGGGAAGCUCUCGCACCAAGAGCUGGAACGGGCGCUCGUGGAGCUGGACAUCAAUAUCACGACGGUACAAGCCCACGCUCUUGUGACCUUCAUGGACAACGACGGAGAUGGCGAGAUCGACGUGAAGGAGUUAGACAGCACAAUUCGGCUGUACAAGCGCCGAAAGCGAGCGGGCGAGCUGAGCACCUGGCGCGGCAACCUCGACGCCCAACAAGACCCGGUGUUUCCAAAUUGGCUGAUCGGCAGGGACGAUUUUCAGCAGGUGUUUUCCAGGUUUUCGGAGGAAGAUGGGGCCUAUGGGGUGCCAGAAAUAAAAAAAGCUCUCCAGAAACAACCGGAAGAACGACUCCACCGCGAUGUGCAGGCCAUUACCGGCUGGCUGGGGCAGCAGGAUUCGUUGCGGUCUUUGGGGGCGAAACGGCUAAUGGAAGUGACCAACGUGGUGGAGUGUCAAGAGCUUCGGCCCGGGGAGAAGCUUUUCUCGGAAGGGGACGAAUCCGAGGCAUUCUACAUGAUACUGGACGGGCACGUCGUGGUUCUUGUGAAACAAUGCCCUGUGGCUGUUCUAGGGCCGGGGGAGACGUUUGGAGAACUGGGUCUGCAGAAUCUUGAGAAACGAACCGCGACUGUCAAGGCCGAUCCAUCGGGAGCUUUGCUAGUGACGAUGCGUACCAGCGACUAUCGACAUAUUCUUUCAAAGUACCUGAUGGACAAGAUGCAAAUGAAGAUCAACCUUCUCCAAGACACGUUCGAGCUGGCUAAGAACUGGUCUCACUCCAAGAUCAGGGCGUUUGCGUACUGUAUGGCGCACCACAGCCACGCGAAGGGCGAAUACAUCUACCGGCAGGGCGAGCCUGCACACAACCUCUACAUCGUGUUCAGUGGAAAGGCGAGAAGAUGUUGA